AUGGCCAUCACCGAGAGCAAGGCAAACUUUUCUUCCAGGGCGACGGCCUUGGGGUUGGCCGCUGACGUUUUGAAGAAGUUCACUGAUGCCGGCGUUGAUUGCAUGAGCAAAUUUGCCUUCAUUAGUGCGUUCGUGCCUGGCAACACUGACGAGUCCCCUUUUACUGAUGCAGUUGCUGGGGUUUUGGGGCGCGCUGCUAAUGUGGCAGAGUUGAGCGUGCUGCGCAGGCUUCUUCAUGAGAGCUACAACCUCACUGUCUCAGAGCUUCAGGUGCAGGUUGAAAGAACGGAAGAUUCUGCUCCGAAGCGGUUGGCGGCUCCCGAUCGAGCCGAUAGGCUUCAGCGGCAACAAGUCAGGCUUGCUGGCUUGAACAUCCAUGGCCCGACUCUCCCUGGUCAUUCGGUCAUCGAUCGUUGCGUUCAGAUGUAUGAGGAUAACUCUCUUUCAUACCUACCUUUGCAGUCUUGUCCCUGCCGGGAUGAUGAAGUGAAGUUCAAGAAGGACCGAGAUGACAAGAUGCUUGCUGUGGAUGGCACGGGGCACGUGUCUCUUCGGUCGCAGGCCGUGAAAGUGGAGGCCGAUGUGUCCACUGACCUUUUGCUUAAGCAUGCACUUACUCGUCGUGGGCUUGCGUUGGACCAAGCUGGCAUUCUGAGCUUCGCGGAGCAUGAGCGUUGGUCUGAGGGGAUUCAGGUGGUGGCUUCCGGGCGACCGGUCGAUCGCAUUUGGAGUGCGCAGGUCCACGUGACUGAUGAUAAAGAUGUAGCACAGCUUGGUGAGGAGCUUGUGCUCUCUUCUUCCGAUGAUGAGGUCCCUGAAGGGGAGUCAUCACCGAAACACGUCCCGUGCUCGGCCUCAGUUCCGCCUCCGCCGCUUUCCGACAACCCCGAAGCUUUUGCGUCUCAGCUGCUCAAGAAGCCGUGGCUUGAGGCGAGCGAUGUUUUGCAGCUUUUUGAGAUGUUACCAAUGGCCGCGCCCCAGCGUGGAACUGAGGGCAAGGCUUUUGCUACCGGAGCGUUUGCUCGGGUCAAGGUUGGGUUGCGUACUAAUGUUGCUGUUUUCCCUCAGGCGUCCCGCGUCUUUGCAUCGUUCGUGUCAAUGGCAAGCAGCAGAAGGGAGUUCUCUUGCCUGUGGGAGCCGGGCCCGUGCUGUUUGAUGCACGUCGUGCUCUGCAUCUCACUGCAAGGCCGCCGUGUGGUCUUAGUGGCCUUUUCUAUCGGUGCAUUUUCGAAGCUGUCCAGCGAGGCUUCUGACCGCUUGUCUGCACUGCAGUUUAACUUGCCAAAACAGCCCGAUGCUGAUGCAUUUCAAGAGCGCCCGCAAUUGCCGGUGCGUCUUCCCUGGCCGCCUCAGUUGCCCAUCCUUGCAUCUGUGCCUUCGGUUCCCGACAUUCCUAAGCCGGCUGCUGGUGAGCCCUUGUUCUUGGAGCUAUGUGCUGGUACUGCCAUGUUGUCGCGCUGCUUUCAUGAGGUCGGCGUCCCGGUCAUGCCCAUUGACCAUCAGCACAAUCGGCAUCUUCCGUUGGCUAAGGUGUGUAACCUCAGCCUCACUGAGGAUUCGACCUGGGACUUCCUAAGACACUUGAUUGACACUUGUGACAUCCUGUUUGUGCGUGCCGCUCCACCGUGUGGCACAUGCUCUAUGGCCAGGCAUAUCCGGCGCAAGGGUGUGUCUGCUGGCCCCCUUCGUUCAAAGCAGUUCCCUAUGGGCUUGCCGUCCCUGACUGGAGUCGACCGGGCAAAGGUCGAGGCAGCAAACCAGAUUUACACUAAGCUGGGUCUUUUCCUGCAGGACUUGGGUCGUCGUGCCAUUCCCUGGUCUGUCGAGAAUCCUGAGUCGAGUAUGCUGUGGCAGCUGCCCUGUUUUCAGCCCUUGGUGAAGGAUCACCAUGUUUUCUCCUUCGACAUGUGUUGUUAUGGGGGGUCCCGUCUGACCCACAGGUCUUUGCUCACUUCGUGCUUUGGGCUGCGCCAUUUUCGCCAGCGAUGUUCCGGGGGACAUGAACAUUUGCCGUGGACCCCAAAGGUUGCCCCAGGUGGAAAGGUGCAUUUCCCUACGGCAGACGAAGCGGCAUACCCGCGUCCGUUCUGCGUGCAAUUUGUGGCGCUGGUUUUCCGCCACCUUGGGCGGCCCCUGCCUGCCACGCCUGCCCCUCAGGUGUCAGCUCAGGCGUCUGCUUCUUCAGCUCGCCAGCCCCGUGGGCGUCGCAUCCCUCCUGUCAUGCCUGAGUUUAAGCGUGUGCUCGUGUAUCAGGUUGCUGCGUUGCCCCAGGUGGAUCACAAGCGUCGCUUGCUGCAUCCUUUGCGGGAUGCCCCGGCGGGCUCCAAGCUUAUCUCCUCGGCGUCUUUGCUCUCUGAGGUGGGGUUGAAAAGCGCCUCGGAGACAACGGUUCAGGCAGAUGCCCUAGUCGUUGAUUCGAGCUCGUCUGAGUCAGAUGACACUGCGUCUCCUGUGGGCCCGGAUGACCAGGCCAGUAUGUGCUUUGAAGUGUCGCUGGGUGUGUAUGCUUCCCCCGAAGAAUUUGUGGAAGAAUGCCUGAACGUAGGGCAUCCCUUUGAUCAGCUGCAUGCUGCGCCUGAUGUGCUCAAACAGUGCCUUUUUGACAUGCUGACCAAGGGGCCUGCUUGGGUAGUGGAUCGUAGGGCAAAGCUGCUCAAGAAGUGGACCCAGUGGGCUCGCGACCUUGAGGCCGAGGAAGCAGGCCUUCGCAAGUCGUUAGACCCUGAGGUUGCAAAGGUGUUGCAAGGAAAAAGGCUCCUGCUUCUUGAGAAGAUUGCGUCGUCAAUCGGCUGGGUUGACAUGGGCGUUUUUGCUGAGCUUAGGAAGGGCUUUGAUUUGGUGGGGCAUGCAAAGCACACGGGAGUUUUCGCGCUUGAGCCCAGGCCUCCGAAGCUUCCUAAGGAUGACUUUCUUGCUGCCACAAAAUUUCUUAGGCCCGCCCUGCUGGGUAAGGUAAAAUCGUCGUCCGUGGAUCGCAACGCGCGUGAGCUGUGGGAAAAGACGAUGCAGGAGGUGGAGAGUGGUAUGUUGGAGGGACCUCUGUCGUCGCAGCAGCUGGAUGAUAGGCAUCCCUCUGGCUGGUUGCCCACUCGGCGUUUCGGGGUGGAACAGACUUCUGCUGCCGGGCGCAAGCUGCGGCCUGUUGAUGAUUUCACCGAGAACAAGGUGAAUCUUGCCUUUGGGUCUAUGGAUAAGCUGGACUUAAAUGCGCUUGAUCAACUUAUCUGCACCUGCCGCAUUUGGGCAAGGGCCAUGUGUGGGGGGCAUGAUUGUGAGCUCGCGCUUUCCUCGGGGCUUGUGCUCAAAGGCCGUGUGCAUCCUGGUUGGAAGAAGGCGGGGCAUCAGCCGCUUUUAACCACACUUGAUCUUCGAGCUGCUUACAAACAGUUCGCAGUGUCGGCCGACUCGCGAGCUUGGGCAGUUAUCGCUUUGCUUAACCCUGAUACGCUGGUGCCGGGCCUUUUCGAGUCGAAGGCGUUGCCUUUUGGCAGCGCGGCCUCGGUGCUGCAUCUCAACCGUCUCUCGAGAUUGUUGUGGAGGUUGGGGGUUGAGCUUUUGAUCCCAUGGGGAAACUUUUUCGACGACUUCCCUGCAAUGUCACCGAGUGCCAUCUCAGACAAUACCAUGAGUACAAUGACUGCCUUGUGUUCCCUUCUCGGGUUCGCCUUCGCUGACGACAAGCUUAGCCCCUUUCAGCCUGCUGCCACCAUGUUGGGGGUUGAGGUCGAUUGUUCUAGGUGUGAUGAGGGUUUGGUGCUCGUAAGGAACAAGCCUGGUCGUGCUGAGGAGCUCGUGGUAUCUCUUGAAGAGUUUCUGCGCGAGGGAGUGAUCUCUCGAAAGCGUUACCUCAGUCUCAUGGGUCGGCUCCACUACACUGAUUCAUACAUACUUGGUAAGUCGGGCCGUUUGAUCAUGGCGGACAUUCGCUCGUGGGCAAAGGGGCAUUGUUCCGACGAGUUGGUCUUGGACGAUGCAGCAAGGGAUUCGCUGCGUCUGUUCAUUGCGCGUCUCCGUGCUUGUGAGCCUCGCCAGGUGCCUUGUGGAGUGGCAAGCCACGUUGUGCACGUCUUCACGGAUGGCGCCAGUGAGGGUGAGGUGCACUCGAUUGGUGGGGUCCUUGUAGUGCAAGGAAGGCUGCAUUCUUGCUUUGGGUCUUUUGUUCCCGAUCAUUUGAUCAGCAAAUGGACCUCCACGAUGCGACACAUUAUCGGGCCGGUUGAAUCAUAUGCAGUUGCGGUGGCAAGGAGAGUUUGGCACCAAUUCAUUGCUUCGCAGCGCGCUCUGUUUUUCAUCGAUAAUGUGCAGGCACAAGACUCCUACAUAAAGGGCACCUCUGCCAACCCUCACGUGCGGGAAAUCCUCCUUUCUUUCGAGGAGUCGGAAAAACUUUCCCCUUCCUGGACGUGGUUCGCCCGAGUGGCGAGUCCAAGCAAUGUCGCAGACGAGCCGACACUUUCUUCUAGGCAUCCUUUGGGAGCCUUGCGCCGAAUGGAAGAGCUGCCUCCCGAGCUGGUUUUGCCUGAUAGCAUCUUCUUUCUAUUUGCCUUUGCAGUCACGGUCGGGACAGGCUUCUACAAGGCGAACAGAGGGCAAAGCUUCAUCGUUGGUGUCACAGCAAUCUGUGCGAGCAGCGAUGCAACCUUCAGGCUUACUGCUCCGGUGAAUGUCCUCAAGGCUCUGCGUUGGAUGAAGAAACUUUUCGAGUUGCCCUGGCCCGACUUGGCAUCGCCGAUGUUUCGAGCGUUGGAGGCUCGACGUCCUGGUCCUCGUCGAGAGUCUGUGCCGUUUCCUGCAGCUUUCAUUGCCUUUCUCGAGGCCGUCGUGAUUCAGGGGGACAUCUUCCCACGCUUUUACAGGUUAUUUUCGGGAGCACUUCUUACUUGCAUCUACGCAAGUCUUCGAUGGAGUGAUGCACAGUCGGUCCUCUGGGAUGCUAUUUUCUUGGACAUCGAUACUCUGCGAUCAACUGCUGUCAGGACGAAGGUGACUACACAGGGCAUGCCUUUCGCAAUAUGGCGUGAAGGCAUUCAGGUUCGCUCGCCGUUGCUCGACAUUGGCCCCGUACCCGUGGGAGCGCGGCGCUGUUUGUCUGCACCGGCGAACGUUUCGCUGCAGAUUCACGAGGCCCGUGCUGCCUUGCGCUUCCUGAAGGAAGUCGAGCAAGACGUUCUUGUCCAAGCCUUGCGCGAGGAGCUCAGCAAUGGCAAUGUGUGCUAUUUUCAGCACUGCUUUGCGCAGCCUGAGUCGCCAGCGGCCGUGCCGGCGGAAACAGCCCCCACUGAGCAGGUCCCGUGGACCGGGGGAAGCCCCCACUCGCUCCUGGAGCAGCUGGCCCUCACUGGCACCGUGUGGGCGUGGCCAUCGAACCCCUACGACGAGGAGUGGCGUGGCCACCCGGAUCUCGUAGAUCUGAGGCGCGGGGACGCCACGGUCGUAUCCGUGAGGGGCGUCGCUGAUUCCAGCAUACUUGCCAUGGCGGUGAAGGGCAGCAUGACCUUCGAUGAAGCCACGUUGGCUUGCUUCCGUGAAGCUGAAGCCUCCCUUGGGGAAGGCGGCGCGGCCUUCGCCACGGAUGUAGUGGAGGUGGCCGUCGCCGCUGGGUGGACCCGCGUCGGGGAUCCCGGCCGUGCCGGUGUCAAUUCGUUUGCGGCAAUCCUGUUGGGUUUUGUGCCGCCUUUUCCCAACUUGCCCCCCCCCGCGUCGGGGGCAGCCCAGCCGCCUGCUGCGCCGGAGAACGUUUCUCCUCCCCAGGCUGGGGUGUCCGAAAGCAAGGACCCCGCCCCUGAGCCUCCCGUUGCUGCCGCGCCGGACGUUUCCGGGCAGGCGGCUAAAGAAGAGGAGUCCUCUUCGGACGAUGACUCGCGUGACACUGAGCCGGCGGACCCCCCGACCGAGCCCUCCGACGUUCGAAAAGAGGCCGCCGCUGCUGCGGCCAAAGCGAAGGGCCGUGCCCUCUCCAAGCGGCGUGCAGCCCCUCGUACGAGCACACGUACGAGAGCUACAGUCCUGACGACCAGGCGGGAAGCGAGGGCCGUGCCCCCGUCCCCCGCCCGCCCUGAACGCGACGAUCGCGUACGGCCUGCUCGUAAGCAGCCACGCGUCUUUGUCGACGCCCGGCGCCCCGGCCCGUUCAGGGGAGUGACGACCGAGGUUCCGGCCGUGCCGCCUCCCCCCCCUGCGGGCCCCAGACGUUCUGGUGCGGAGUUGCGACCCCACUCCGCCCGACCUGAGCCCCAGGGCCGUGCCCGCACCCCCGCGUCGGGGACGGAGCGUGCCGGACGCCGUGCGUCCGGCGUUGAGGCCCCGGUGAGGGCCAUGAUGUGUGAUAGCGGCUGCGGGGUGCCGCUCGAGCCCGAUUCAAUCCACGCCUUUGCCUGCAGCGUCUGCAGGUGGCAGUGGGACGGCGUCGUACGCCGGGGGGGCAGGGUCCAGAAGCACUGGUACUGCCCCGGCGCACGCGCGUCGUACGCGGUGAAAGUCCCGCUUGCCUUUACCUGGUCGUACCAGAGUUUGGCGGCCUGGCUGCCCAGUCAGUCUGUACAGCUCCCUUGGGAGGUCAGUUUCCAGUCGUGCUUGGAGCUCCCCCUCUCCCUCAAUUUUGAGCGCCCCGCUAGAGUCCGAGUGCCGGAGAGGUCUCCGCCAAGCCUUGGCACGAAGCUAUUGGAAGGAUGGCAGGAUGCGUUUGGCAUUGCUGCGCUCUGCCGUGCAGAUGCCGAUGGCACGCUGGAUUUGGACGAGCUGUCGUACAGCAUAGCCAGCGCCUGUGCGCACAAGGCCACCGGAACAAUAGUCCGCAGACUUUCGUCUCUGAGCCACUUCGUAACGUGGGCAGACUCCGUUCAAGCGUCGCCCUUUCCGGUGACGGAGAGAGUGUCCUGGAUGUACUUAGCUCACUUGGAGCGUUCCGAGGCGCCAUGGUCGAAACCUGGCGGGUUCACUCAGUGCGUCAACUGGUGUCGAGGCGUCCUCGGCCUGAAAGUCGAGGACUACAUGACCUCGAGCCCUCGUAUUGUGGGCCUUUGCAAAGGUUUCGAGGCCAAGGCUCCUCCGCCCCGCCGUGCGCCUGCUCUAGCUGUGGAGGAGGUCAAAUUCCUCGAGAGUGCAGCGGCCUUCGCUGACAAUGCUCCCGUCGACUUUUCCGACCCAGACGAGUCCACCGUGUGGAUAGAGGGCUCCGUCUCCAAGAGUAAGACGGCCAUGGGGGCCAGAGCACGCGUCUUGUUGCCACUUCUGGCGCCGUGCGUUUACCUAGAGACUCCCUGGAUCCCACAGUGGCUGGAGGCACGGGUGUCUCUCGGCCUUUCGGUCAAAGGCGCCAUCGAUAAGGGUUCCCUGAUCCCGCAUUUCGGUGAAGAUGGCGUCCCGACUGGAAAUGCCAUGUCUUCGCAGCAGAUCACUAAGUGGUUGCGCGGCAUUCUGGCAGAGGUCUUCCCGGCCUCUUCCCGUCUCUCCAGCCACAGCCUCAAGGCCACAGGCCUGACGUGGGCUGCGUCGGCCGGUGUCGCCCUGGACACGCGGCGCUUGUUGGCACAUCAUGUGCGCUGUAGCACGGAGACCUACAGCCGGGACGUUCUCGCGCCGGCGGCGCGUAUUUUCGAGGAAGUUCUCCUCGCCAUCCGUGAUGGCGACUUCGCGCCUGACAACCCGCGCGGGAGUCAAAUUAGGACUAGACAGCGGGUCUUGGCCUUCAACAAACCAGACCCGGUCGUGCCGGAGGGAGCCCUGCGUCGGGGUUCAAAUGUCCCUCCCGACCCAGACAACGAGUCGGCAGCGGCUGCGUCAGCCGAGCAACCGGCACCCGAGCACAUGACUGACACCACAGACAGCGAGUCGGACCGACUUAGUGAGGAGGAUAUGCCGGCAGAUCCCCCUUUGCCCGGGAACCGCGCCCGCCGCGAGGCCGUGGCAGCCCUGCCGCCGUGGUGCCAGUCCUUUAUGCAUGCUGUCAGCGGCUGCCUCCACGUUCAAGGAGUUGAGAUGCGGAAUCGUCUUCUUUGUGGGCGUUACCAGCGACGUUGUCGAACUCGAAGAGGGGCGUCCCCAUUGCAAGCAGUGCUGGACCCACUCGAGCUUGCAGGACUAGAGGCCAUGGUAUCCCUGGUUGACAGCAAGGCCGAGGUUAAAAGCAGAGCCGAGGACUUGCUCGGGAGCGACCCCUUCAAGAAUCUGGUGAAAGAGAAUGUGGAGUCCUUUGCCGCCCUUGCGUUCUCUGUGGCUGAUCAGCCCAACCAUAUUGACGAUAACAAGCUGGAAGAUCUGGCGAAAAAGAUCUUCCCGGCGCCUGGGCCGACGUUGGGCCACGCAGGAGCUUUGCGACGUCUCGCCUUUGAAGGUUUGGCCUUCAGCCUGCAGGAUUUGAAGGAUCGGGGCGACCCCGAGGCGUCCAGCAAGAAGUGCUUGCCCAGCCACGAAAGAGAGCACAAGAGGAAAGAGCAAGUUGCCCGCCUCACUGGAGUCCUCAUGGAAGGUGACCUGGAGCCCUCCAACGGUCUCGUAGACCGCGCGGCGGCAAUGUUGCACGACGGGCUUGUGCGUUACAUUCCGCCGUCCGCAUGCGUGAGUCGCGAUGCAGAGGUCGCCGCCGUGCGGCGGGACAAGGAAUUCUUUGCCAUCGAAAAUGGCGAACUUACCCUCAAGAAGAAGGACAACGUGAUCAAUGCGGACGUAGCAACCGACUUCAAGCUACAGCAGGCGUUCACCAGGAGAGGUCUGGCCCUGGACCGCGUCGGUCUGGUCUCCUUCAACGUGCACGAGCGUCUCGUGCGAAACUACUUCUUCCUGGCGAGCCGGGCCGCCCCGCCUGGCUACGCCAAGCCCGGUGUAGGCGCAAUUAUCAAGGCUGACAAAGAGCUCUGGACGUUGCUGUCCCGAGAGUGUCGUGACGGGUGCAAGCCCAACGCAGCAGGCGUGGCUCCAUUGGACGCCCUAAUUGCAGCCAAGCAGAACGACACGUGCGUCACGUUCAGCCUCUUCCCCCUGCCACAGACAGAUGGCCGGGGCCGCGAGUGGACGAAGGGAAGAGGCGCUGGUAAAGGCCCGGGUGAGUCGCCCGCUCCCGCCCCUCCUUCCCCCCCUGGAAAGGGCGGGUCGCGUUGCGAUGCUGUUACGGGCCGUGCCCGCUGUGAGGAAGUUCAACCUCCAGCUGGGGGGUCAGCGUCCUUGCCUGUGGACUGCCAGCCCGGCCAUGGCGAUAGGGGCGUCCCUUUGUUUGAGAAAGUCUUCUGCGGCUUGGGACGUUUGAGUAAAGCCGCGAAGGAUUUAGGCUUCCACACAGUGAGCAUUGACAAAGUUUGCAAGGCUCAAGGUGUCAAGGUCCUGCAAUUGGACCUCUCCAGGAAAGAAGGGCGUUCCCUUCUCAAAGAUGUCCUGGACAGGAUUUUCGUGACAGGGCACGCGUUCGUGCCGCGAACAGUCACGCAUGAAGGGAAGCGUGUUUGGUCGACCUCUCUUGAGAGUGCUUACACGCCCCAGCUUGCCAAAGCGUGGGCGUCCUGCGCAGGGGCGGCUGUGAAGGACGUCCUGGAAAAAGCCCCCGUGGGGCGGAAACGUGCUUUCAAGGCGCUGUGCGAGCCGGACUUCGCUGUCAAGGUCACCCUAAGGGGCGACGAUGCCGCACGCUUCUUCAGCUUUUUCCCGCCCUGCAAGAUUCCGCGCCACUGGGACCACUGGCCGAAAGGGUCGAAGCUCCUGGAGAUCGACCGCGAGGGCGCGACCGCAUCGGACACCAUUAAGCUUGCAAAGUCGCGUACGGAGGCGUCCCGUGACCUCCUUCGAGUUUGUAAGGGUUCCGUGAGCCAAGAGACAGCCCUCCGUGAAGGCCUCGACCCCGAAGUCAACCACGUCACUUCCAGUAAGAUGUCUGUAGCUCUGGAACUCUUGUUGCGCGAAGUGGGUCACGUCGACCCGGACGUCGCGGAGUCGGUCAGGGUCGGCUUUCCCCUGGUGAAUUGGCUCCCCGUUUCGGGUUUGUGGGAUGCCGACGUUCGGCCCCCCGAACUUACGGCCCCCGGUCUCCAACUAAUGUCCAAAGAAAUUUCUCAACGGUGCGUCACAGGUCUCUGCCGGUACCGUGACCGAGCGACUGAGCGUGCUGUGUGGGCCGUGACCCGAGAAGAACAGGCCAGUGGGUGGCUGUCUUUCUGCAGCCGCGAAGACCUUUCCGCUCUGGCGGUAGUUUCUCCCAGGUUUGGAGUCUUCCAGAAAAAUAAAGUGAGGCCUAUCGACAACUUUAAAGCCAGCCUGGUCAACUCAGCCUGUGGUGUGCAGGAGAAGGUUCAGAUGGACGGGAUUGACGAGAUAGUCGAGGCCUGUCUUUCCUGGCUUCGUUUUCGUCUGCCGGGCAGCCCCCCUGAGCGCAUCCUCGGUCGUACCUGGGAUCUGAAGAGCGCUUAUAAGCAGCUCGCCGUGCGAGCCGACCACAAGCACUUCGCCAUCAUUUGCGUCGUGGACCCUGAAUCAGACGUUGUCCAAUACUGCCGCUUGCACAGCCUGCCCUUUGGGGCAGUUGCAGCCGUGCAUGCCUUCCUGCGGUGCAGCGAAGCGUUAAAAGCCAUAGCAAGGAAAAAGUUUUUCAUAGCUAUGACCUCUUUUUUUGACGACUUCACGGUGCUGACGUCUGCAGCAAACGCGGCCCACGUUGAGGUCGUUGUCUCCUCAAUGUUCAAGAAACUGGGCUGGCGCGUAGCCACGGAGGAGAAGAAGAAUCGCCCCUUCUCCGAGGUUUUCGAUGUUCUCGGCGUCCGAGUGGACCUGUCCCAGCAGUCCGUGGGUGUGGUACAGGUCAGCAACACGCCACAGCGCGUCGCUGAGCUUAAGGACACAGUAGCGGCGAUUAAACAAAAGGGUUCACUUACGUUUGAAGAAGCGCAGCGUCUGCGUGGACGUCUGGUGUUCGCGGAACAACACGUCUGGGGCCGUAACGCCAAACAGGCCGUGGUGGCUGUCGCGGACGUUUCCCCGGCCUCCGAAGCCUCGCAUCCUUUGACUGACGUCCAGCAAUCAGCUUUGGACUUCAUUGAGCAACGCGUCCUGGAUGGGCGCCCCCGGUCGUUCUCUGUUCAACCAUCCAGAACGUUCCACCUUUGGCUGGACGGGGCAUGCGAGUGGGAUGUGUCAAACUCAGUGCCCACGUGUGGCUUUGGGGGUGUCCUCUGGCUGGAUAGCGUGCCUUUAGCCUGGGGAGACACCCUAGACCCCGCCGCGGCGCAAGAAUGGGCAAGCCGCGUCGGUAAGUUUUCGAGUGCGAGUUGUUGCCCUACUUCAUAUCGCUGCAGCUGUGGGGACGUUUCCUCCGAAACAGUGACCUUCUCGUUUUCAUCGACAACGAUGCCGCUAGAGCGUCCCUAG